AUGGCCGCCUCGGCGCCGCCCCCACCGGACAAGCUGGAGGGAGGCGGUGGUCCCGCGCCGCCGCCCGCGCCGCCCAGCACUGGGAGGAAGCAGGGCAAGGCCGGUUUGCAAAUGAAGAGCCCGGAAAAGAAGCGAAGGAAGUCCAACACUCAGGGCCCUGCGUACUCGCAUCUGACGGAGUUUGCGCCACCCCCGACUCCUAUGGUGGAUCACCUGGUUGCGUCCAACCCUUUUGAGGAUGACUUCGGAGCCCCUAAGGGAAACUGGCUCCCCAUUGGCCAGCGCCUGGUCACGUGA